GAGGCCAACUACUUCGGCUCGCUCACCCAGUCGGGCACCGUGAGCCUGGGCCUGGACGCCGAAGGCCAGGAGGUGUUCGUGCCCUUCAGCGCGCUGCUGCCCAUGGUGCCGCCCGACGACCUGGUGUUCGACGGCUGGGACAUCUCUUCGCUGAACCUGGCGGAGGCCAUGAGGCGGGCACAGGUCCUGGACUGCGGCCUGCAGGAGCAGCUGUGGCCGCACAUGGAGGCGCUGCGCCCGCGGCCCUCCGUGUACAUCCCCGAGUUUAUCGCCGCCAACCAGAGCGCACGUGCUGACAACCUCAUCCCGGGCACACGUGCGCAGCAGCUGGAGCAGAUCCGAAAGGACAUCCGCGACUUCCGGUCCCGUGCGGGGCUGGAUAAGGUCAUCGUGCUGUGGACAGCGAACACGGAGCGUUUCUGCGACGUGGUGCCGGGUCUCAACGACACGGCAGAGAACCUGCUGCGCACCAUCCAGCACGGAAGGGAGGUGUCGCCGUCCACGCUCUUCGCCGUGGCCAGCGUCCUGGAGGGCUGCGCCUUCCUCAACGGGUCCCCACAGAACACGCUGGUGCCCGGGGCGCUUGAACUGGCCGAGCAGCACCGCGUGUUCGUGGGCGGCGACGACUUCAAGUCGGGCCAGACUAAGGUGAAGUCGGUGCUCGUGGACUUCCUCAUCGGCUCCGGCCUCAAGACUAUGUCCAUCGUCAGCUACAACCACUUGGGCAACAAUGACGGGCAGAACCUGUCGGCUCCGCAGCAGUUCCGCUCCAAGGAGGUGUCCAAGAGCAGCGUGGUGGACGACAUGGUGCAGAGCAACCCGGUGCUCUACGCACCCGGAGAGGAGCCCGACCACUGCGUGGUCAUCAAGUACGUGCCCUACGUGGGCGACAGCAAGCGCGCGCUGGACGAGUACACUUCGGAGCUGAUGCUCGGCGGCACCAACACGCUGG